GCAGCGGUUGGAGCCGGAGGAAGAAGGCGUUCGCGAGCCGCAGGAGUCGCCGCCAUUUUGUGCGUGUUUUUGUGAGGGAGGCUGUGCGGCUUGACGGGGAGGCGGCGGCGGCCAACGCGGCUCCGGCCAGGCGAGAAGGCGGCGGCGGCCAGCGGUGAAGCGGAGGAUGAGCUAGAAGAGGCGGCGGGGAAUAGCGGCGGCGGCGCGGCUCCAGCGACAGCCAGGGGCGGCGGGAGGAAGAGGAGGAGGAGAGGGCUGUCUGUCCGUCCGUCCUUCUUUCUCUUCUCGGUGGGGGUCGGCCGUCUUCCCCCGGCCUGUCAGCCCCGCGGGGGAGGAUGUCGGGCGGCGGCAGCGGCGGCGGCAGCACGGCGGCCUCGGAGGGGUCUUCCUCCUCUUCCUCCUCCUCCUCCUCCGCCAGCGGCGGCGGCGGCAGCGAGGACGCGUGCCGCGACUACCAGUCAUCGCUGGAGGACCUGACGUUCAACAGCAAGCCCCACAUCAACAUGCUGACCAUCCUGGCCGAGGAGAACGUGCCCUUCGCCAAGGACAUCGUCUCGCUGAUCGAGGCGCAAAUCGCCAAGGCUCCUUCUAAUGAGAAACUUCCUGUUAUGUACCUUAUGGACUCCAUUGUCAAGAACGUUGGAAGAGAAUAUCUUGAUGCAUUUACUAAAAACCUAGUUGCAACAUUUGUUAAUGUUUUUGAAAAGGUGGAUGAAAAUACUAGGAAAAGUUUAUUUAAGUUGCGUUCCACAUGGGAUGAAAUUUUCCCUUUGAAGAAACUGUAUGCUCUCGAUGUCCGGGUGAAUUCAGUAGACCCUGCUUGGCCAAUUAAGCCGCUACCCCCUAAUGUGAAUACUUCUAGCAUCCAUGUGAAUCCUAAGUUUUUAAAUAAAUCGCCCGAAGAACCUCCUGCACCUAGCACUACGGUGUGUUCUCCUGUAUCCUGCGCUGCUGUGCCCUCUGCUCCAGUUGUUCCUGAAAUGCAAAAGAAUUUGACUCAAGAACAAAUAAUACGACAACAGCUACUGGCAAAACAAAAGCAGUUAUUAGAACUUCAACAGAAAAAAUUAGAACUGGAACUAGAGCAGACUAAAGCACAACUGGCAGUUUCCCUUAGUGUUCAACAAAGUGGAUCCAGCUUGGGGCAAGCAUCUUUGAAACCGCACGUUCCACCACCACCUCACAUGCCUCUUAAAGCUUCCCAUCAGGUUUGUCUGCCACCUGAGAAAAAACGUCUGUCGCCACUCCACGAUGUCAAAGCAGGAAACAGGGACCCUCGUCUUAAUAGAUCAAGUCAGCAUUCUCAUUCUAAAGAUCAAAGUCACAGGAAAGACUUUGUAGUGAAUCCAGCCAGUCAGCCUGAUCCAAAGCCUAGCAAAAACCUGCAGGCUGAGAAACAAAAUGUGUCAAAGCAGGAAAAACAAAAACAAAGCGAAAAGUUGCAGAAGAAAGAGUUUGAUCAUUUUGAUGCAAAGUCAAAAUCAAAAUCACCAUCUCCCUUGCAAACCAAGCUGCUCCAUGCUAAAGAUACUAGAAAUCAAGAAUGUGAGAAUACCAGGGUUACUGAAAUCAGUAAGAGAGAUCCCAGAUUAAAAAAGCAUCUUCUAGAGAAGCCAGAGGGCAAAGAUGAAGAUAUAAAAGAAAAGAGAAGAAGCGUGGAGAGAAAAGACAAAGAAGAGCAUAGAUCAGUUGGAGGGAGAAAUAAAAUAAUUAAUGGCGUUGUGCAAAAGCAAGAUACCAAUACUGAAGAGUCAGAGAAACCAGGUGGAAAACCAGGAAGGUCAAGCACUAGGAAAAGGUCACGCUCUCCUAGAUCUCGAUCCCCAUCUUCCCAUUCUCCAAAGCGAAGAGAAAGGAGGUCACCCAAAAGAAGGCUCAGAAGUCUCUCUCCUUCUGGACCUAAAACUGGGAAGCCUCGACAGUCUGGGCCAAAGCAAUCCCACAUAGAGGAUUUUGGGCCAGGAAUACGGGAUGAAAGAAGCUCUAAUAAGCGAAGUCUUAAACAGGAAGUGAGAGAUUCUAGAAGGCUGAAGAAAACUCAUGAAGACCGAACACAGGAUGGAAUGAAUCAGCAUCCUUCAAAAGCAAGUUUGGAACCAAAGGAAAAUGUGGAGAACUGGCAAGGUUCCAAAUCAAGCAAAAGAUGGAAGUCUGGUUGGGAAGAAAAUAAAAAUCCCCAACUUAAUGAAGAACAUCAAGGACCUUGUAAAUCACCUCAUCAGAGGCACAGAGACACAUGGGCGACUAGUAAAGGAGUGCCAUCGCCUCGCACACCAAAGCAACAACAUCGAUUAAGUGUGGAUGCUAAUUUGCAGAUUCCCAAAGAAUUGACCUUGGCAAACAAGGGAGAGCUGCUCAAGAAGGCAAGUGAUCGCUUGGCAUCUGGAGAAAUAACACAAGAUGAUUUUCUUGUUCUGGUUCAUCAGAUUCGACAGCUAUUCCAGUAUCAGGAAGGAAAGCACAGGUGCAAUGUGUGGGAUAGUCCCACAGGUGAAAAGGGAAUUUCAAAAAAGAAGCCCCUAUUGUCUGAAUCAGAGUUAAUAUAUCAUGAACAUAAAGCUACACUAAGAAGAACACAAGUUCAGCGUUCGUUUCCCAGACACAACCUGAUGGAUGCUGAAGAAAUUUUGGAUUAUCAUUUAAAUGAUGCAUUUCUUUCUGGAAAAGACUGUGAGCAAACAAAAAAGUGUGCAGGCCAGUUUGGUGAAAGAUCAAAGCGACAUUCCCCUGUUGGUGGUAGCAGACCAUACUCUGAUAAUUCAGCACACGAUGGCCGGAGAAGACAUGAAGAACCGAAUUCUUCAAAAGGUAUCCGAGAGGAGCAGAGAUCCCCAUUCAGUGACCACUACAAGAGAUCAAGAUACGAAGAUACAGAGAAACAAUUUACUGAUGGGCCAGGAUCACGAUUUGGGGUUACUGAUGGAAAGCAAAGGUUUAGUUCAUUGAUGGAAGAAAGAUCUCAUUUUGAGGGCUCUCCUAGACACCCUGGCGCAAGGGCUGGUGGAGAUGGACAAACAACGCAUUUUGAAGGGCCAGCUAAUACAAAUUCUAGAAUUGAAGGACCACAAGCACAAUCUAAUUUAAGGUUUGAGGGUUCUCUAGGCCAGCCAACUUCUCAGUUUGACGGGCCCCCAGGACAAUCUGGUGGAAAAGGUUCUUUGCUGUUUGAUGGGCCACCAGCACAAAUGGGUGGUGGUUCCUUGAGGUUUGAAGGACCCUCAGGGCAAGUUGGUGCAGGGACUGCUAUACGAUUUGAAGGUCCUAUGGGACAGCCAGGUGGAGCUUUGAGGUUUGAUGGGCCUGCAGGCCAGUCUAUGGCCAUCAUGAGAUUUGAAGGGACCCAUGGUCAGCCCUCAGGUGGGAUGAGGUUUGAGGGACCUCAUGGUCAUCCAUCCUCUGGGAUUCGGUUUGAUGGCCCACAUGGUAAACCAUCUGCUGGAAUGAGGUUUGAGGGACCGCACGAUCAGCCUUCGGGUAACUUGAGGUUUGAUGGCCAGCCUUCAGGUGCAAUGAGGUUUGAAGGUCCACAUGGCCAGCCUUCAAGUGGGAUAAGGCUUGAAGGGCCUCUUGACCGUUCUGUGGGACCUCAUGGUCCUCCAGGAGGUGGAAUGAGGUUUGAGGGUCCCCAUGGGCAACCAAUGGGACCUCAUGGGCAACCAGGGUCUGGUCUGCGGUUUGAAGGGCCACAUUUACAGCCAAUGGGGCCUCUUGGCCAACCAGGGGGUAAUUUGCGGUUUGAAGCACCACACGGGCAGCCUAUGGGUGCACAUGGACAGCCAGCUAGUGGUCUGAGGUUUGAGGGGCCUCAUGGCCAACCUAUGGGGUCACAUGGCCAACCAGGGGUUGGACCCAGAUUUGAUGGGCCUCAUAGUCAGCCUGUGGGACCACUUGGACAACCAGGAAUUGGGCCCAGGUUUGAGGGACCUUCAGUCCAGUCUGGAGGUGGGAUGAGGUUUGAAGGGUCUAUUAACCAAGCAGGCCCAAGGUUUGAUGGCAGUCAGUCAAGAUUUGAUGGCCAGCCGUCACAUUUGCAAAGAUUAGAUGGAUUACAUGUACAGCCUGGUCCAAGAUGUGAAAUGGGUCCUGCUCAGCAGACGCCCCCUAGGUUCGAAGGGCCACCAGGUCAGGUGCAACCACGAUUUGAUACAUCAAUGCCUCAACGGUUUGACGAUCCUCAACACCAGCAGACAGCACGCUUUGAUAUCCCUCUUGGUCCAAGAAUUGAAAAUGUAGCUAAUCAUCCUGCCUCAAGACUUGAAACACCGCCUUAUGGACAGACUGGCCCUUACAAUGAACCUCCCAACCAGCCGCCAUAUAAUGGGCCAUCGCAAGGAAUGCAGUUUCAGAGACCUGAGCAAAUCUUCGAUAAUCCUCAAGGACCGAGCUUCAAUGGGCCACCUGUUUCUGGAGCACAGGCCUUCGCUAAUACCCUUAACAGGGCUCCUGGACCGCCUUUUUAUGAUGACAAGAAUCUUCAGGGCCCCCAGUAUGGAAAUUUCAGUAGCAUGACCUUGGGAAAUGUUCAGCCACCACAGCAGGGUCCUGUUAUGUCAAUAGCAUCAGGUCAGCCUGUAUCUUAUAUUCAAGGACAACCACUCUUACCAGUCCAUGCACGAAAUCCUGGAAGUUUUGUUCAGAGUCAACCUGGAAAUGUUCCUCUUUCCUACCCUGAUAAUCAUCUUGGGCAACUGGAUGUCAAUGAAUUGUACUCAAAACUGCUUUCCACAGGAAUACUCAAAGUUUUACAGCCUGAUUCAACUCCAGCACAAGUAAAUGAAGUUUCUACUCAGCCAACCCCGGAGGAGGAGGAGGAGGAUCAAGACCAGAAUGAGGAUCAAGAUGUCCCAGACUUAACUAACUUUGUGAUUGAAGAACUGAAACAGCGUUAUGAUAGUGUUAUAAACAGACUCUAUACUGGCAUUCAGUGCUACUCUUGUGGAAUGAGGUUCACAACUUCACAGACAGAUGUAUAUGCCGAUCACUUGGACUGGCACUAUCGCCAAAAUCGUACAGAAAAGGAUGUGAGCAGGAAAGUAACCCAUAGAAGAUGGUACUACAGUUUAACGGACUGGAUAGAGUUUGAAGAAAUAGCUGAUUUGGAGGAGCGUGCAAAGAGUCAGUUCUUUGAAAAAGUGCAUGAAGAAGUUGUGUUAAAAACACAAGAAGCUGCUAAAGAAAAAGAGUUUCAGAGUGUCCCUGCAGGCCCAGCUGGAGUAGAUGAGAGCUGUGAAAUCUGCCAAGAGCAAUUUGAGCAAUACUGGGAUGAGGAAGAGGAGGAGUGGCACCUAAAAAAUGCCAUUCGUGUAGAUGAAAAGAUCUACCAUCCCUCAUGCUAUGAAGAUUAUCAAAAGACCUCAUCAUUUGAUUCAACACCAUCUCCUAGCAAGACACCUGCAGAAAACCCACUAAAUAUUAUGUUGAGUAUUGUCAAGCAAGAAGUACAGGAUUCCUGUAACAGUCCCAAAAUCAAAGAAGAGCCUGAGGAAAAGCCUGAGGAAUGCAUGGAAGGGGGCCUGCCUGCAUCUGUCGAAAUUAAAACAGAACCUGAAAAGGUGGAGUCAGCUUAAACAAACUGUGUGAUUUUUUUUUAUUACAGAGAAAGAGCUACUGUGUUCUAGCUGACUGUAGAAGGCAAAUAAUUUUUAUAUGAAUAAAGUGUUCACCUGGGGCAGGGCCCCAGCUGCUUAUUUGGUUAAUAAAUACAUUUUUGUAUUUGUACUUGAAUUUCUUAUUGCCUGCACAGUGUCAGGUGUCUAUUGUGUGAAAGUUCUGUAGAUGGCGUACAAAUUUAACAGGAAUAGACUGUAUAUGUAAGAAAAAAUGUACAUUUUUUCAUUUGUGGAAAUGUAAAUUAUAAAUAAAAGAUAUUUUUGCUAUCUAUGGAGUAUAAUGUUUAUGCACACCAUCCAAUUAAAAAAAGUAUUUCUUUUGUCGGGGUGUUUUAAAUGGAACUGAACUCAGGCUUCUACAUUGGCCUUGUGCUUAAUUAGGUUACUCAGAGAAAUGACAGAUAGACUUUUUCGUGCGAGUUUAAGAUGAACAUUUCUGUUCCAGAAGAUACAUUGGAUUAUUCUUCUUAACCUGUGUUCACAACUAUUUAAAAAGACAGCUAGGAGGGUGAAGUAACAAAAUAACAUGCUUGACUUGGGACACGUGCCAACAGUUUACAGGAAGUACAGAAGCAGAUCCAGAUUUUCAUAAUUACUCUUUUCAGCUAGUCAGAUUCACAAGAACUUAGUUUAGCCGAGCCAAUUUUCUUUAAUUUUGCAGAGAUAAGUUAAUGUAAGAUUGCCCAGUUGCAGUAUGGUUAAUGUUUUUGUUGGUUUAUAACUUGGGUCUAGACAGUAAAGAGAUUACCAAGAGAUGUUAAUAUUUAUUUCCUGUAAUAAACUAGAAUGAAGCAUAAA